AUGAUUUUAUCGAAAGUAUCCUUUAAAUCUGCAAUAAUUAAUGGAUUUCGAAAGUGUGGCCUUUAUCCAUUUAAUUCGGAAAAUGUAGACUACAGUAAAUGCCUGAAUCAAAGUAAAAUCUCGUUUAGUUCUUUAGAUCAAUCAGUAAACAAGUCUGAAAUAUCUGAAAUAUCCAGUUUUAAUUUUAAGGAGGAAUGUCUGUCCUACUUAGAAUCGAAGAUAGAAAAUACAGUUCUAGAUGAAUUUAAAUUUCAAUAUAAUCAAGGAGAGAAGACUAGUAUUAAACAAGCUGAAAUGCUAUUUGAUGUAUGGACAAAGAUUAAAUGCGAUUUGAAUGAAAGUUUACCUACUCUUUCAUUCAAUUCGCAUUUACCAAAUGCCGAAGAUGUCAUGGAAUUUCCAUUUCCAGAAUUUCAACAUAUUACAGCUGAGAGUUCAGUUAUUGAAGAUAAUGAGUCAUCAUUAGUUGUAGAUAAUUUGGAACUUACGGCUACUGGGGUAUGUAACAUACUUAGCGAAAUGUUUCCUGAAGAUAAUAAAACCCAAGAGUUACCUGAAGCAUCACUUGACUUAGUUGAAAUGUUACCAAGUGUUAUAAACAUAGAACAAAAAUUAGAAAUGGAAAAGAAUUCAGAGUUUGAUACUACAAUAACAUCUGAUAUUAAAAGUGAAUUAAAGGAAAGUUUAGAAAAAUCUAGUAAUAAAAUAAAUAUUUUAAGCAAUAUAUUAGUAAUACCCCAGCCAAAGACAAACGAAAAAUCUAAAAAGAGAGAAUAUGUCUCAAGUGUCUUGACAUGUGAACGCUGGCUUGCUGAUGCUGAGAGAAAAGAACUGGAGAAAGAGAAUAUAAUUAAGAAAAAAGAAGAAAACAAGAAGAAAAGAGAAGAAAAUCGACAGAAACGUGUUGUAGCACAAGAAAUGAAAAAGAACCUAAAAAUAUAUAAAAAACAGAAAACAGAAAUUACUCUUGAAAACACACUGAAAAAAAAUGAAAAGCAGAAGACAGAAAUUGCACUUGAAAACACCCUGAAAGAAAACGAAAAGCAGAAGACAGAAAGUGCACUUGAAAACACACCGAAAGAAAAUGAAAAGCAGAAAACAGAAAUUUCACUUGAAAACACAUUGAAAGAAAAUGACUAUGUCAUUGUAAAAUACGAUGACUCAUUCUAUCCUGGUGUAAUUACCAAAAUUGAUAGUAACGAUUAUGCUGUUUCAACAAUGGUCAAAACGUUGAAUCACUGGAAGUGGCCAGAAAAAAAAGACGAGCUUAUAUACGAAAAGUGUGACGUUGUUCAGACAAUUUCUGAACCUAAGAAAAUUAAUUCUAGGGGAAUAUAUGAUGUACCCGAAAUGUCUAAUUUAAAAAAAAAGUGGUGUUAA